AUGUAUCUUCCUCUCUUCACUCAAUUUUUCCUCCUCUCUUCAUUCAAUUUAUCCUCCUCUCUUCAUUCAAUUUAUCUUCCACACUUCAUUGAAUUUAUCCUCAUCUCUUCAUUCCAUUUAUCCCCCUCUCUUCACUCAAUUUAUCCUACUCUCUUCACUCAAAUUAUCCUUCCUAUCUUCACUCAAGUUAUCCACGGCUCUUCACUCAAUUUAUCCUCCUCUCUUCACUCAAAUAAUCCUCCUCUCUUCACUCAAUUUAUCCUACUCUCGUCACACAAAUUAGCAUUCCUCUCUCCACUCAAUUUAUCCUCCCCUCUUCACUCAAUUUAUCCUCCUCUCUCCAGUCAAUUUAUCCUCCUCUGUUCACUGAAUUUAUCCUCCCCUCUUCAAUCAAAUUUAUCCUCCUCUCUUCAGUCAAUUUAUCCUCCUCACAUGAUUCAAUUUAUCCUCCUUUCAUCACUCAAUUUACCCUACUCUCAUACCUCAAAUUAUCCUUCCUCGCUUCACUCAAUUCAUCUCCUUCACUUGACUCAAUUUAUACUUCCUCUUUUCAAUUUAUCCUCCUCUCUUCGUUCAAUUUAUCCUUCCUCUUUUCAUUCAAUUUAUCCACCUAACUUCAUUCAAUUUAUCCCCCUCUCUUCACUCCAUUUAUCCUCCUCUCUUCAUUCAAUUUAUCCUCCUCUCUUCACUCAAUUUAUCCUCCUCUCUUCACUCAAUUUAUCCCCCACACUUCAUUCAAUUUAUCUUCCGCUUUUCAUUCAAUUCUCCUCCUCUCUUCACUCAAUUUAUUCUACUCUUGUCACUCAAAUUAUCCUUCCUCUCUUUACUCAAUUUAUCCACUUCUCUUCUCUCAUUUUAUCCUCCUCUCAUUCACUCAAUUUAUCCUCCUCUCUUCAUUCAAUUCAUCCUUCCUCUCUUCACUCAAUUUAUCCUCCUCUCUUCAUUCAAUUCAUCCUUCCUCUCUUCACUCACUUUAUCCUCCUCUCUUCAUUCAAUUUAUUUUCCUCUCUUCCCUCAAUUUUAACUCAUGUCUCAACUGGUGAAUUUUCUUUUCCUGGCGGUUAUCUCUUGGUUCUUUCUGCCAGCUCCGCUGCACCUCCCCCACUUCCCACCACCCCUCCUCCCAAAACACUCACUCCCAACACACCUGAAAUCAAUAACAACUGCACUCCUCUUCUCAACACCCCCUCCUUCCAACACCCUUCACAAUAG